GAUGUGAGGGGCAACUUCCCAGAAGGAUCUGUGGCUUUUCUGGUGGUGGCACCUUGUUCAUGGUUCUCUGCCAAAUGAGAAGUCCUCUCCUAAUUGAGGGUGGAGGGGGCUGGGUGGAUUGGGAUCACUGGAAAACACAAGACAAACUGGUGGCUCUUGGGUGAUGCUUGCACCUACAAGCUUUGUUGGGGGAUAGCUGAGCGGCGAGAAGCUGCAAGCGUUCACAAGUCAUCCCAGACUAUGGUGCUAAGGCUUUAGACAUGCUCUGUUGAGUGAUGAGUGGUACCACGCAUGGAUAGGGGAUCUGGGGAGUAAUGACAUGCACACAUGACAAAUGCACAUAGAUACAUUAUAUAUAUAUACACACACACUGUGCAAAUCUAGGCACAUGGAAACAAAGAUGUGCAUAUACAGUAUAUAUUAUAUGGUGGCAUAUGAGAGCUUGGGGGUGUAUAUACCAAAUGUCUGUAUAUACUAUAUAUGGUGUUAAAAGAAUGCAUAUGCAUUCAUGCUCUCUUUUUUUUUUCUUUUUUUUUCUUUUUCUGUCUCUUCUGUAUUGCUGAGGAGCUGUUGCAAAACUACCAGAUUCAACCUCCUGGGGAGCCUUUCUGGCCAAGGUUUUACAAGCCAGCACCUGCUUUGCCUGCCUGACUUCUUUCUAUAUUUAUUUCUCUGCACCCGGUUUUUGCCUUUGCCUGCAAAUUGGAACUGUCACAAACAUUUGUGCUAACUUUUGCCUGCAUAGGACUUCAGCUUGCAAGUCCCAAGUCUGCUCCUGUGCACACUGGGGGAGGAGGCAUAUGUGUGUGUAGUUGUGCAUGUGUGCAUAUGAGCAUUCCUGGUCUUCACUGUCUGCAUUACAUGGUCUGUGUUCCUGUGAUACUGCAGCGGUCUCUCUGUUCUGUAUGCCAUGCAGGUAGUGCUUUCUGCCCCUUCAAGACAUUUUUAUGAAUCACAUAUUCUCAGUCACCCUGCUAAUAUAAUGUCGUUUAGGUGGAAUUAGCCAAGCCUGACCUGGUGCCUGAUUGAUAACAAUCUGUACUGCUCUGCAAGAGGCUUGACUAGGAUUCCUAGGCCCCCAAGUUCUUACAUUCCCAGGUGAGGACUGUGGCAAGGACAGGGACUUGUCGUGCCAUGUAGCAGGGAGCUCCUGGUUAGGCUGCAUGUGGCUGGACAUGGAUGUGUCCAUCCCUUUGGUUUCUUUCCUCUGUGUCAUUUGGGGUAGAAGGUGCUCUAAAAAAGAGGCAUUGAAUGCCAGGUCAUGCUUAGCCAACACUAAUAUGAGCAAAGUAGCAAGGGAGAGGGUAUAAUGGCAUUUCCGCUUGGAAACUGAGGGGAGAUCUUAAUGCUGUCUUGGGGAACAUGAAGCUGGGGAAAUAGCUGUGUUAAGGGUCUCCCAUCAGCAAAUGCUGCUCAGAGGAGACGCAUGCUUCCCUGCCUGAUGGGUACAACUUGCACUUAUUCAAAAGCAGUGCUGGGCUGUCUGCCAGGAGCUGAGAAAUGGCUUGUCCUCAUGUGCUCAGGCCCCUGAGCUCCCAGCCCCUCUAGCAACUGCAUUAGUUUCUGGCACAGGAGUCCCUCUAAGGUUACAAAGACAUUAUUCCCAGGUUUCAACCCCAAGAGCUGUAAAACGUAUCCUGCCUGACCCCUGUGCAAAGGCAGAAGCAGCGAGAUCUGCGCAUGUUCCCCUGGGUUCGGUUUUCACAUCCCCACUGCACAUGCCACUGCAGCCUGCAUUCCUCACCUGUUUGGUAAGCCCUUUGCCUCUCAAUCUGACACAGCUAAUAUUUCCCAUGCUGGCAGGGCAGGCAAGGUAGUGGCAUUUAACUGUUAAGGAGAAGCUUGAUCUAUUCAUACUGCAGAACCUCAGAGUAGUAAGGCUGGUGCAUGCCUGGGAUUGGGUUUCUGCUGUUCCAGGUGUUUGUCCUCCAUGUUUUAGUUCCCUCUGUUGACUUACAUUAUUCCCUAUUUCAUCCCGCUGUUUGUCCUUGCAUAUUACCAAGCAAUACCUUGGUAAUUUUUUUCUGCAAGGGGCUUGAAAGCUGAGUCAGAGUUUGUAAAACCUGCACCUACCUGACCCUUCUUACCUUGGUUUUGGAGCAUCUUCUGUCAUGGGGACUGCAAUGCUUAGAGUAUCUCCCGUUUCUGACCACAGAGAAUGCUCCUGGUGGCCCUGCGGGCAGUUUGGGGUACAUGGCUCCGAGGGAGGUUUUAGUGGGUUUUUAGAAAAACAACUGAUUAACUGCUCACUGAGAGCUGGUCCCAGCCCCCAUUGCAUUGAUGUUGUCCUGGUGUACCACUUAGUGCCACCUGGGCGGUUUGCUCUUUAAAGCUUUUAUAAACACCUUUAUAACUACCAGUGCAAUGGACAUGUGCUGGUGCUGCCUGGCAAGGUUUAUUUUUUACAGUGGUAAUGGUGGAUCACAAAGGUAAAUGUGGGUCUUAUUCUAAAAAGCAUUAAAGUGUGGGGUUUUUGUUUGUUUCUAUUUGGUGGGUUUUCUCUCUCCUAAAGCAAGCAUUUACAUGGUUUUCUAUCACCUGUGAUACUGGGUGCUAAACUCAUGCUGCCAUGGGCCGCUGACCUCUGCCUAGUCACUGGAUGUAAUUGUACAGCCUCUAUCACUGAAGGAUUUUGGCUCCUCCCAAAGCCUGCACUUCAGUACCAGUGAAAGCCAGAUGUACUAUAAUGUUGCUUUUUUACAGUUUGUUUUGGCCAUACAUGGGCAGAGUCAGCUCUGGAAUUCCUUCCCUAUAAAUUCAAUAGCAUCUUGUGGGUGGUGCUGAGGAAUCACUCUGGUCUGGUUGGAUCGCCUCAGCAGCCUGUUCCCCUUGAAAAUGUCCUGAUUUGCACAUUCCUGAGAGGCUGCCUGCUCCUGGAGCCAUGGCUUCAGCUACCAGGAGGCUGUCAUCUUAUGUUGGCAGGCGUAGCAGUCACCUUCCUGCUGCCUGCAGUUCGGGAGUGGUGGCAUGGAUAUAUUGCUCCUGUGUGCAGGCAGACUCUGCAGGGACAGUUGUGCCCUCUAAGCAUAACUGUUCUGCCUCCUAAAUUUGCCGUAUGGGCUUAAGCAUUGACCAUCAAGCCCCUCUCCUAGGGAUGGGGAGGCUGAGUGCUCUCCUGUUCCUGCCUGCCACGGGAUGCUGUGUUGUGUGUCCCAGCAGAGAUCGAGGACCUCUCCAGUGGCACUGACGGCUGAGCCUUGCCUUCCCUGCUGCCAAGCUGGUAUCACGAUAAACGCAGCCUGAAUUUGCCUGUGCGCCUUCAAAGGGUACUCCAAAAAAUAGUUCUAGGAGGUUUUCUGUGGAUGAGUGAGGGAUGAAAGAAUGGUUUGUGGUGGGCAAGGGGUGAUGUCUCCUGGAGCUGCCCCUGUUGCAUCACCAAGCAUCCCAUGGACGAGACAGAGAUGCACUGUCACCCAUAGAUCCAGGAGCCUCCAAAGCACAGGUGAAGAAGGUGACAUGUAGCCCCAUGUCCAGGCUGUGUGUAGGUCAGUAACAGCAAUGUGCUCAGUUCAGGCUCAAGAGGGGCAUGUGCUCCCUGUGCCAAAGCUAGGGAGAGAAGGAUGAUUUUUUUUUGACAUCCUUUGGAGUUUUGAUCUCCAUAUUUGGAAAUGUUUACCCAUUGCUCUGAUCUAUUGCAAGGGAGGGGAGGUGACUCAGGGUCUGGUGGAAGCAGGAUUUGAAUUCCUGUAGUAAGGUUCUCCCCCCCAUACCCCCCCCGCCCUCUCUUGUUUUGGAAGCUUGUUGUGGUCAGUUCUUAGUUCUCUCCUGCUCCUGGACCUUGUUCCAAAUUCGAUCUGCUCAGGAGGGAAGUGUGUUAGCGAAGGAGCUUGCCUGGAUGCUGAGUACUUUAUUACUGGGUGUGCCUGAAUGCAUCAGCCUUUGGAUGUGAACAUCUUCUCGUGAAACAGCCUUGUGAUAUCCUAGCUGCCUGUUCUCUCAGGAUCCAGGUGCUUAUUUGAGCUGUGCCUGACUUUUGCUUUGGUCUCUCUGGGAAGCUUCUACAUAGCAGUGGGGAGACUCAGCUGGUGGAAAGAGGGCCCUUGUCAGAUCUGAACCAUGUCCCACCCGUCCUGGCUGCCACCCAAGAGUACCAACGAGCCUGUUGGUCAUGUUACUGCAAGGAUGGAGACCACACACACCUUUGGGACUCCCAGUAUCUCAGUGUCUACCCAGCAGACACCGAAGAAGUUUGCGCCUGUCGUUGCCCCCAAGCCAAAGUACAACCCAUACAAGCAACCAGGAGGUGAUGGGGACUUCCUUCCUCCACCCCCACCUCCUGUGGAUGAACUCGGGAACAUCACAUCUUCACAAGGUGCCUUCCCUCCCCCACCCCCUCUGGAUGACGUUACUUUCAAAGUGCAGGUGAAUCCUGGUGGCAAGACACUUGAGGAGAGGCGGUCCAGUUUAGAUGCAGAAAUCGACUCUCUAACGAGCAUCCUGGCUGACCUAGAGAGCAGCUCUCCUUACAAACCUCGGACUCAACAGGGCUCUGGCACCUCGAGCAGCUCCACUGCCACCCCUCCGUCUGUGUCCACCCCUGUCACUGGCCACAAGCGGAUGAUCAUCCCCAACCAGCCUCCUCUCACAGCCACCAAGAAGUCCACUGCCAAGGGCCCGGGACAGCCAGCACCCAUCCCGGUCACUCCCGUUGGCACCCUGAAACCACAACCAGUGCCGGCCCCCUAUGCCACAGCCUCUACCCCCAGCCGCCCGGCCUUCAAUGUCCAGGUGAGGACAGCGCAGCCCAGCCCGCACUACCAACCACCUGGCCCGCAGCCUGUGCACUAUGGCAGCCUGGUGCCCAGCCAGUCCUACACUCCCCCGCCGGCCCGCCUGCCCAGCACCCCGCAGUAUGGCGCUUCACAGCCUGACUAUGGCUAUGCCCCACCACCUGCCCGGCCCUCGGAGCCUGCCUAUGGCUAUGCACCUCCACAGAGCCGCUACCAAGACCCCUACUAUGGGGGGUAUGGGGGGAGGAACGGCUCCGAAGCACCCUACACGCCACAGAGCUCCUGGAAGGCUGAACCAGCGUAUCCUGCUAGUAACACCAUGGGCCAGGCUCCUCCUGGGCUCUACCAGCCACCCGGCACGAAGAAGACCUACAUUACCGACCCCAUGCUGGCCCCACAGCCACCUGCGCUGCAGCAAAAGAGUGGGUACCCAAGCUCUGGACCUGCAUCAAGCACUCCUGUCUUCAGGCCUGAAGAUGAGCUGGAACAUCUGACCAAGAAAAUGCUGUAUGACAUGGAGAACCCUCCCUCUGAUGAAUACUUUGGCCGCUGUGCCCGCUGUGGAGAGAAUGUUGUUGGAGAAGGGACUGGCUGCACAGCCAUGGACCAGGUCUUCCACGUGGAGUGCUUCACCUGCAUGAAGUGCAACAGCAAGCUGAGGGGUCAGCCUUUCUAUGCAGUGGAGAAGAAAGCCUACUGUGAGCCCUGCUAUAUUAACACACUGGAGCAAUGCAGUGUCUGUGCAAAGCCCAUCAUGGAAAGGAUUCUCCGAGCCACUGGGAAGGCCUAUCAUCCCCACUGCUUCACCUGCGUGAUGUGCCAUCGCAGCCUGGAUGGGAUUCCCUUCACCGUGGACGCCGGUGGGAACAUCCACUGCAUCGAGGAUUUCCAUAAGAAAUUUGCACCGAGGUGUUCAGUGUGUAAGGAGCCCAUCAUGCCAGCCCCAGGACAAGAGGAGACUGUACGCAUUGUUGCCUUGGAUCGUGACUUCCAUGUCCAGUGCUACCGAUGUGAGGACUGUGGUGGCCUUCUGUCUGAAGGGGACAAUCAGGGCUGUUAUCCUCUGGAUGGGCACAUCCUUUGCAAGACCUGCAACUCUGCUCGGAUCCAGGCUCUGACGGCCAAGGCCAGCACUGAUCUCUGAGUAUCAACUGUGACCCUUCCCCAGGAUGCCUGUUAGGGGAUAUUGCACAAGCUUUGCAUGAUUUCUUUCCAGCCUAGGGUCUGAAUCUCUGUUUUAAAAAAAAAAAAAAAAAAAAGAAAGAAAAAAAAAAAGUAAAACUGGAAGGCCUUGGAACAAGAGGGCAGUUUGUGAGGCCAUGUUCAGACUGCCCAUGACAGGCACCUAACUUAGACAUGACUUUUCAGGACUGAGUCAGAGCACCUGCUGUCUCUGCAGCUGAUGGAGAUAAGUGGUCACAGCACCUGAGUUAUCUGCCUGUAGGAGGCCUGAACAUGGUCCUAACUUUAUUUCUGUAUUUGAUUCCUGUCUCCUAAGUACAUGAAGGUAGGUGAAAAAUGGCUGAGCUAGUUCUUCCAACUUAUUUGAGAACCUGACUAGCUGUC